UUAAAGGUGAUAUGUGGUUGAAGAUUGCGAAUAUGGUGAUGGAUUCCACUUCUGGUCAGAGUUCCUUAUGGGUGCGCGGAGCGGGCUUUGACGAGGCCUGGAAGGAGUUUGGAGAACGAUCUCGGUUGUAAAUUGGAUUGGAUGGAGAGAACGCAUGGGAUGCUGAAUGCUUGACUUGCAAUAUCCAAAUUGAUGUAUGUAACUAUACUAUUUGAAAGAUUGUGAAAGAAACGAUGACGCGUGGAUGCCGGAUCGGGUUAGCCAUCACGUGGUGAUUGGGAAGGCCGAGUGGGGCGAUCCCCAACAUUUCCAUCUUCUGCUUGCGAUCCAUCAUCCUUCAUUCCCCUCACAUCUCCUCUCUGCCCUUUGCUUUUUCUUCCAUCGAAUCUUAUCACCUCAUCAAUCAGAUCUCCUGCUCCCCUCUUCAUCUGCAGCCCUCACAAUGCCCGGUGACGACGACCCAAUCCAGAACCGACCUGCCGCUCCCUCCGCCCCCGAUUCCCGCCGAUGGCCCGAUGACGAGAACCCUUUCGUUGCUUUCCGUCGCUUCGCCGACGAACAGCUCUCCUCCAUGCUCCAGUCCGUGAUGGGCAUUCCCUCCAUGUCCUCUCGGCCCUCGCCCGAUCACUGGGCCGUUUUCGAUGAUGAUGCGCGUUUCCGCAAGAGAGACAACAGUGAAUCCAAGGGAGACGACCAUGCGGCAGCCGAUAAUUCAGACCAUCCUUUCCAUCACAACAACCGACACCCGUCUCGUUCUUGGACAGAGUGGGAGGACCAAUGGCACGUGGACCAUCCCAGGAGACGCAGAACCGAUCAGGAUUUCUUCGACUCGUUCUUCGACAGCCCUUUCUCUUCUCGCUUCCUCCAUCCCCAUCACCACCCCAUGUUCUCGGGCUUCGCCAGCAAUACCUCCACCUGGCCCCUCACAUACCUCAUGUUCAGCCCAUACUCUCCUCUGCAUCUGGAACGCCAGGACUACUACCAGUCUCACCACGACAGAGGCGUCUUUUCGUCUCUCAUGUCCUCUUUGAGCCUCUCGUCUGAUUGCGACCCCGCGGAAAGCCACUGGCGCGAGGCCUUUGAAGAUCUCAUCCGGCUGGAGAACGGCAAACCCAUGUUGGACCACGACUCGAGCGCAGUUGUCAAGAGGGAAACUACACGAGACUGGCUUUACGGACUGGUGAAACGGGGUAGUGUGGGUGACCAGUGGAAGAUAUCAGAGCUCGGAAAAAACGACUGGUCGAGUCCCAUGGCUAUCAGCCAGUUCCACUUCAAGGAUGAUGAUUGCGAAACACCCAAGGACAGAAUUGUUGAAGAGAAGACCGAAGCCUUGACGGAAUUGGACAUGUUCGACCGCUUCUUUGAGGACGCCGCUGCCCGCGAAAGCAAGGCUUUUGCAGACGCAUUCGAGAGCCCCAUACUGCGCUUCCUGCUCGAGGAGAGACAAAGAUCCCGAGACACCCCCAGCGACACCGAGAACUGGUUCGAGCGUGUAUCCAACAACUCCAUCCCCGAUGCCGUUCCUGAAAAACAACAACCAGCACCAGAAACCCAAGCAAUUGUCCCUUCACGCGCUGAACCAACCGCCGAAAAACCCACUGUGAUCUCAACAAUGACAAGAACCGAGCGUAUCCGACUCCCCAACGGAUCCACCCAGAAAAAGACCGUCUGGACCAAAAAGUUCUCCGAUGGUCGCGAAGAAAGCAACGAGUCGGUGGAGAUCAUGAACCCUCCCCAGUCACAGGACUCCUCCAACCAGGACAGACCUACAUCCGACCAGAAGAACAGCGGCUGGUUCUGGAAAGACUAAACAGCCAUAGAGUUGAGAUCACACCUACACUCCCUCAUCUCUUUGCUCCCAUCCAUCACAUUCCAUUUCAUAUGAUCUUAUACGUCCCUCCCUCUGAUUGAUCCUUUUUCUAUACC